AUGAGCAUCAGUCUUGCGCCUCAGCAACAGCAACAGCAACAGCCGCCGCCACCGUCUGGGCCGCCGCCGCCGCAGCAGCAUUACAGCUCGGAAGUAAGCCGCGGUUCCAACCCUCCACCAGGCCCGCACCUGCCUCCCAUCCACCACUUCGACGCGCGCUCGAGCAGCAUGAAUUCGCAGUACCAGCAGCACUUUCCCCAGAGCAAUGGCGCCCCGAUGCCUCCUCCUCCUCCUCCUCCGUACCCGCCGCAACACUCCUACCCGUCCUACCCGCCCAACGGCCGGGUGCCCCCCGCGCCCAUGCCCUCGAAUGCGACGAACCAGCGAUAUCCCAUUCCCCCUCCGCCCGCCUUGGACGCGCACAACAUGCCCGGCGCCCGGCACAAGAAGGAGAUCAAGCGGCGCACCAAGACGGGCUGCCUGACCUGUCGCAAGAGGCGAAUAAAGGUAUGCGACGCUUCCCGCGUGGCAUGGCGGGGUGAUGUUGUUGCUGUUGCUGGUGUCGCGUAUUCUAAGGUGCAGCGGCGAGCGGACCGGGCUGGCGAGCACCGCAAGCGAGCUGCUAAAACCUACGAGAACAAGCCAGCCAGCUUUCGUCCCGUCUACCGAUCCCAUACCUGAUUCCACGCCCACCUGCUCUCUCUGCUGACCCUCUUCCCAGUGCGACGAGGCUCAACCCAGCUGUCGCAAUUGCGCAAAAUCAAAGCGCGAGUGCCUAGGCUACGAUCCCAUCUGGAAGCCCAUGACCGGCCCUGCCAACAUCCAGCCAGCCCCCGCAGGAAACAAUCCUCCUCCUCCACCGACCGCCAAUAUCAACCCGUCCGCACCGCAGGUUCUACCAGUACAUCCAUACCCACCCCAGCAGUCUUUCCAGCCGUCCUUUAAGCAGUCUUUCCAGCACUCUUUUCCGGGCACAGGAGGCACCUUCAUCCCGGCGUCUGCUCCCGCUGCUCCCGCUGCUCAUCCUGACGGUACGCAACCCUACGGAGAAUACGGCGUCUCACUAGACCCUGCGCUAUCUAGUGGUGAUCAGCCAUUGCACAUGGCGCAGAACAACUACCCACCUGCGCUGCAGCCUCAGCGGAGAGGUAUGUUGUGGGACCGCCAGAGUGAGAUCCAUGUGAGCUGACUUUGCUCCAGUAAAUCCUAUCCAAAUCGAAGACCUCUUCUCCCUCAACGAUGUACCACCGCAGUACCGACUAAGGUGCGUGUUUGAUUAGACACACUCGAACGUAUCUCCUGUUGACAUGUCUCACAGAGAGGCACCCCCUCCUGUCUCGCCUGAGAGACAGCACGAGAUAGGCUCAUUCUUCAAAUACCACUACGCGGCUGGUUUGGACCGCUUGUUCGAGACGACAUGGUAUCAACACCGGGGUCUGGACCACCUACAGCGAGAACCAAUGCUCCAGGACUUUGUUGCACAGUGCACAGAGCAGAUGAAAGCGAAAAGUGGCGAUGACACGGGGGCGAGGAUGUCCCUCGAGGCUCGCUUAGUGUGGCUACUUGCAGCUAUGCCUCGGUCGGCUGCAUCCACUGCCAACGGCACCGGCAACGACCCGUUGACUCAGGAGCUACUACCACGCAUCGACACUGUCGAGCAUCUCCUGACGGGCCAAUCUUUGGAUCCCAGCCGGGUGCCACCGCCUCCUCAACAACCGCCACCGGGUGAACCGCAUCAGGACUCUUCCACCGCUAACCAAAAGUACAACGAACAAUCGUUCUGGCACCAUCUCGGGCGGUUCACAUCAUUGCGAGAUGACAACCCUGCCGUGCUCAAGGACAUCAACGACGCACUGCAGAAUGUCCGCGUGAUACUCAGCAUGCUGGAAAACCGAGACGUACUCUACUCGAUCGCCAUAGCGCGGCACAUCGGCGGUCGGACGCUUGAUUUCCACCCUCAGCGCCAUCUUGUGGCAUCAUCCAAUGACCCGAAUGACGACGUCAACAAAUUGAAGGUCGCGCACCAAUUCGUGGAGGGUGAAGACCAGCGGGGAACUACGCAAGUCAUUCAGCGGAUAUGCUCUAUGGCUUUGCGGAGCUGGGUUCUACAAAAAUCAUGA